AUGGCUGCCGCAUCAUGCCACAACCCGUGUUGGCGCCGAAUCUCCAACAUGAUUAUGAUUCCUUGCGGCUUUGUAUACCGCUUAGGCGUGACGGGAGAAGGCAGCCGGCGGUGUCAGCCCCGCAAUGGGCUCGUCCAUCUCUACCACGCGCUUUUCCGCAGCGCUUUUCACGUCCUCAAACCAGCGCCAGCGCCGCUUGAGCAGCCCAUUGCCUCUACUUCCCCUCCAAUCCAGGGGCCCGGCUAA